AUGACCGAUCCAACUUGUGUCCCUUGUCCGAACCUGCCUCAUGGGCCCGUAAAUCCGUUUCUUAUCUUUCUACUUGACCGAUUUCACUCGGUUCCAGCCCCAGUGCACUUUUUACUCCAGGCGCUAGUUCUCAAGCCUUCACUCGGCACAUACUACGUCGUCUCACCUGAAAACCGCCUAGGAUCUGAUUUCCCAUGCUUGAGGAUAUUAGGCAAUGCAUUUUUGCAUCAUGUUCUUGAUUAA